UUGGGAUGCUCAAUUCUUUGUCGACCCUCGUCAUCUCCAAUCCGACAUCAUGCCUCCCACAUGCUUAAAUAGACGCGAAUUCCCUCCUCUGGCAUCGGAGGGCUAUCCAGCCAAGCUGUCUUUCCUUUCCUCAGUCGCUCCUUCGUUCCUUUCUGGGCUUCAUUGAUUGAAGUCCCUUCCUUUCUUUCUACUUUCUAUCCAACACACCGCUGUGCGGUGCUUCUGCCAAUAUGUCUCUUUCCAAGAUUGCCACUCUUCUACUGGGCUCGGUCUCGCUGGUCGCUGGUCAUGGCUAUGUCUCGAGCAUCGAGGUGGACGGUACCACAUAUGGAGGGUACUUGGUCGACACUUAUUACUUCGAAUCCGACCCGCCCGAGUUGAUCGCCUGGUCCACCAAUGCCACGGAUGAUGGCUAUGUGUCACCCUCCGACUACGAGAGCGUGAACAUCAUCUGCCACAAGGGGUCUGCGCCCGGCGCGUUGUCGGCCCCAGUCGCGCCCGGAGGCUGGGUGCAGAUGACCUGGAACACCUGGCCCACCGACCAUCACGGCCCCGUCAUCACGUAUAUGGCCAAUUGCCACGGUUCUUGUGCUGAUGUGGACAAGACCACCCUGGAAUUCUUCAAGAUCGAUGCGGGCGGCCUGAUCGAUGACACGGACGUGCCUGGAACUUGGGCGACCGAUGAGCUCAUUGAAGAUGGCUACAGCCGCAACAUUACUAUUCCCAGCGAUAUUGCCCCGGGAUACUAUGUUUUGCGACACGAGAUCAUUGCCCUGCACAGCGCCGAGAACCUGGACGGAGCCCAGAACUACCCCCAGUGCAUCAAUCUGGAAGUCACGGGCAGCGAGACAGCGACCCCAAGUGGCACCCUGGGAACUGCUCUUUACAAGGAGACCGACCCCGGGAUCUACGUUGACAUCUGGAACACGUUGAGCACGUAUACAAUUCCCGGCCCCGCGCUGUACACUGCUGGUAGCACUGCGACCGCAGCCGCUGCUGCCGCUACGACCACUACUUCUGCUGGCAUCACGGCUGAGGCCACCACUGCUGCCGCCGUCGUGAGUGCCACCGCGGAGGCUGUCCCGACUGAGUCUUCAGCUCCUUCCGAGACCAGUGCGACUACCGCGAUCUCCGCCCAGCCAACCGCCGGUAGCGACAUCAGCUUCCAGCCCGGUCAAGUCAAGGCUGGUGCUUCAGUCGACAACUCGGCUACUGAGGGUUUCUCUCAACCUGCCACGACGGCCACGACUUCGGUAGCCACUGCGGCUUCGAGCUCGGCUUCGUCGACGACCUCUGGGGUUUUGAAUGGCGCCUGCAGCCAGGAGGGCUACUGGUACUGCAACGGGGGCAGUGCGUUCCAGCGCUGCGUCAAUGGGGAAUGGGAUGCGUCCCAGAGUGUGGCUGCGGGCACGGUCUGCAUCGCCGGGAUCUCGGAGACCAUCACCAUUUCAGCCGCCGCCACGCGCCGGGAUGCCAUGCGUCGUCAUCUGGCGCGUCCCAAGCGUCACUGAGCGGGUGGCAGGGUGAAGGGUGACAGGAUUGGAGGGCAACGACCAUGUUGGCUUUGUAUAUAGAUAUACCGAUAGCAUAGGACGCGUUGACCGCAGUUUUGGUUGUGUCUUCAUAUUGGAUGGAGUGCCUGGAGUGCCCUAACCGCAGUGGGACAGCUACCUAAGCGUGCCCGCCCACGUUGACUUCAAUAGUG